UUAAAUAUUGUUGUUUUUAUAUUUAUAUUUGUAUAUAUUUUUUUACAAACAUACUUUAAGCAAUGAUUUAAGCUGAAACUGUCAGCGUAAUUUAUUAAUAAUGCAGCGAAACAUUUAAAUUACAAACGAAAUACUUAUCAGAAAUACUGGAAUGAUAAGUUAAUUUUUAAUUAUUUUUAUCAAAAUGACGUAGGUCUACGUUGGGAAGAGCAUAUUAAUAAUAUUGAUACAGUUUAUUAGUGCGGACGUAAGCGAGGCCAACGUAGAUAGCAAGGUAAUAAUAUUUAUUCAUCGUAUCAAAGUACGCGAAGCAAAGGUCGUUUUGUAGUUUUCACGCGAAAAUGACUAUUAGGGCAAAGAUAUUAAAAACUUUAAUAUUAGGCGCUCCAGCUUCUGGAAAAGGUACGAUUUCGUCGAGAAUUGUGAAAAAAUAUAAUGUGGAACAUAUAUCUAGUGGAGAUAAGUUAAGAGAUCAUAUUGAAAAACAAACUGAAUUAGGUAAGGAAGUAAAAAAAUACCUUAAUGAAGGGAAACUUGUACCUGACGAUGUAAUAAUUAAGUUUAUGAUUACGGAAUUGCGGAAAGUUGAAAGUAAACCUUGGCUUCUAGAUGGGUUUCCUAGAACAGUGGCUCAGGCAAAUGCUCUUUGGAAAGUCCAACCAGUUGAUCUAGUUUUGAAUUUAGUUGUGCCAUUUGAAGUUAUUAUCAAUAGAGUGAAAAAUCGGUGGGUACAUUUGCCUUCGGGAAGAGUUUAUAAUAUAGGAUUCAAUACACCUAAAAUGAAGGGUAAAGAUGAUGUAACCGGUGAAGAUUUGAUUCAGCGCCCUGAUGAUAAACCAGAAGCUGUGCAAAAAAGAUUGGAAAUAUAUGAGAGUGUAACUCGACCAGUAAUAACAUUUUAUAAAGAUAAAGGAAUUCUCAAAGAAUUUGAAGGGAGAACAUCAGAUGAAAUCUGGCCCAAAGUGACAGCUUAUUUGGAUCCUAUUUUAAAAUAGUGUAAGAAUAUUAUUUAUCAAAACGUUAAACUAUUCUACAAAUAUUAGGUUUCGUAUAAAAUGUAGCACAAAACUAUACAAAAAAGCAUAUGUUCCUUAAAUAAUCUCAUUUAAAACAAAAGGCUCUCUGCACUUUAUCUGAACAAAUGUAUCUUAUUAACAACUUUAAAAAUACCUAAAAUAUUUGACAAUAAUUAUAAAUCUGAUAAUUUAACAUAGUACAUGAAAAUAUAAUCAAACUAUUGGUAAUUUAUGUUAUAAAUACUUUUGUCUUAAAAACUUGUAUACUGUUUUAUAAUAAUUUUUUAAUAAUGGUCUUCCAAUAAAAAGCAUUUUUGUACUUAAAAAUUUUUUAUAAAAACUAUUUACAAAUUCAGCUGUUUUGUAGCUAUGUAAAGUUAUUUUUGUAAUAUAAAAUAUAAGAAAAAUAUAGUUGACAUAUCACAAUUAGUAAAAUUGAUGAUGCAAAUUUUUUGUAAUUGUGAUAAAUAAAAUUUAUACACAUUAAGAAUGUAUGCCAAGAUGGCUCAGUGGUAAGAACGCGUGAAACUUAACCGAUGAUCAUGGGUUCAAUCCUGGGCAAGCACCACUGAAUUUUCAUGUGCCUGCAUGUGUCUAAUUUCACUGAAAUUCUGCCACAUGUGUAUUCCACCAACCAUUGGAGCAGCAUGGUAGAAUAAGCUCCAAACCGUAUCCUCAAAAAGAGGAGAGGAGGCCUUUAGCCCAGCAGUGGGACAUUUACAGGUUGUUACAUUAAGAAUGUAAUAGGGGGGCAACAGCUGUAGUGUUCAUAAGUUAUAAGUCUAUUGUUUUUAGAUAUUUAGUUUUAUGCUAUAGUAUAACUAAAAUAUUGGCAUAUAAUUAUUGUUAUCACUACUAGUCAUUGUAAAACAUGAACUUUGUUAUUUGUUACAGCAUCUAGAGUACAAGAAACAUAAUAUGAGCAACAAAUUUUAUUGUUUUUAAAAGUUGUUAUAUGGAUUUUUUUUUUAAUUUUUAUUAUUAACUAACAAUAGGUAUAUAAAAUGUCGUAAUAUUUUCGGGUGUGUGCAAUUUUUUGUUAUUCAACUCUGUCAUAGUAUUAAAAUUGAAUGUUUUUUUGUAAUAUUUUGAGUUGUUUGUUAGUGAUAUUGAUUUAGAGUUUUGUUGUGGGAGAAAGUCAAUUUAAUUAUAGAUAUAUAUAGUAAGACUAGCACAAGAUAACGUACCUGUUGCUAAAUGUUAUUAUUUUACAUGUAUUAAUAUUUUUUUUUGUUAGAAUUGUAUUAGAAUUCAAAUAGUUUGCUUUGUUAAUUAUGUCCAAUGAUUUGACGUCCGCUAGUAUACCAAAAUUAAAGUUUGUACAUGAUUGUUUACAAUUUUUGGCUUUGAUUGUUGUUAUUAUAUUAUUAAAAUUAUUGAUGAAGUGUUCA